UUACCCAGUGUGCCUUUCUACAGCCAUAUCCAGUUUGGGAGACGGAAGGGGAUAUCUGUGCUCGCCGUUUGAUAUGAGAAAUAUACUCCAUUAAAUCAUAGAUUAAAUCAUGUAUUGUCUAAAAAAAAUAUAGAUGUUAUUCGCUAGCCCACAUGCUAAUUAGCACUAGCAAAUUAUUUGUCCGCGCUCUUCACACUAACGUUACUAACUGCUGCCUGCUAACUAGUUAACGUUAGCAGUUCGUUUAACAGGCUUAUUUAUAAACUCGAUUCUCAUUGACUGUUUCUUUAGCUAACUAACUUGCCUUUUCUCAACAUUUGCUAAUAGUUACAUGAAUCACGAACUAGUUAGCUAACCGACACUCGGUGAUCAAUUCACUAACUCUAAUUGAACAAAAACUGUUCUCAGCUAACGCUAGCUAGCUAACGUUUCUGUCUAAUUUAGUUCGUUACCUAUAGCUAGCUAUGUAUAGGUAACAAAUAUACUAAUCACAUUUAUAGUUGUUACGGUAACGUUAUGUCUGACACAGCUAGCUGAAGCUGCACUGUUGACUGCCCUAUCAAGUUCCAUCCAACUUGGCAACAACAUGAACUGUUGAAUCUGCGCUGCUCAUAUCAACUGUUGUACAACAUGUCAGCUGGACGUUUGAUUUGUAUUAUUAAUGUACAUAUGAUCUAAUAAUGCAACAGACACUGUUAUCCAAUUAAAUAAAGUGGGUCUAGUCGGAUCCAUAAAUGAUCUUUGUGCGUCUGACUACAAGAGUUGUAUGGAAAGUGACUGAGUGCACCGAAUGCAGCCACACACUGAAUUUAACGUAUGUGUGUGUGUUCGUCUGGCAGAGCGACAAUGCUGUUGGCUCAGAUUAACCGGGACUCCCAGGGCAUUGCAGAGUUCCAAAAUGCAGGUGGAGACACUCAGCAGGUCACCCUCUGUUUGGCAGAGGCUGUUUCAGAUGGCGAUCAAAUGGAUAUGGACACUGUGAGUUUACAGGCUGUGACCCUUGCAGAUGGCUCCACAGCUUACAUACAGCACAACCCUAAAGUCUCCAUUUCAGAUGGCAAGUUCAUGGAUGGACAGGUCAUUCAGCUGGAGGAUGGAUCUACUGCAUAUGUCCAACAUCUAUCAAUGCCAAGAGCAGAGGAGGCCAACAGAUGGACAGGAUCCCCUUUGUGUGAUGUAAUUGGAGGAGAUGGUCUGAGACUUGAGGAUGGUCAGGCUGUGCAGCUGGAAGAUGGCACAACGGCUUACAUCCACACACCAAAAGAUACCUAUGACCAGAAUACCCUGCAGGCUGUUCAGCUGGAGGAUGGCACCACAGCUUACAUCCAGCACACAGUACAGAUGCCUCAGACCAACACCAUCCUGGCCAUCCAGGCAGAUGGAACAGUGUCAGACCUGAACGCUGAUGGAACCCUCGACCAAGAGACCAUCAACGUGCUGGAACAAUACACCGCUAAGGUGGAAGCUGAUGAUGUCAACUCCGUACUGAUGAGAGCUGAGCAAGAUUGUGGUGUGCAGAUGCAGAUUGUGCUUCAAAGGCAGAGUGGUCGUAGUUCUAGGGAGCAGUCGACAGAGAAAUCUUUCCGCUGUGACUAUGAGGGCUGUGGGAAACUCUACACAACCGCACACCAUCUGAAGGUACAUGAGAGGUACCACACAGGUGACCGGCCAUAUCUGUGUGAUCAUCUGGGCUGUGGAAAGAAGUUUGCUACAGGGUAUGGUCUGAAAAGCCACAUCAGGACACACACUGGUGAGAAGCCUUAUCGCUGCCAGGAAGUGCACUGUGCUAAGUCGUUCAAGACGUCAGGUGACCUCCAAAAGCACAUCAGAACCCACACAGGAGAGAAGCCAUUCAUGUGCCCGUUUGAGGGGUGCGGGAGAUCGUUUACUACCUCUAACAUCAGGAAGGUGCACAUUCGCACACACACAGGGGAGAGGCCUUACUACUGUGCAGAGCCUGGCUGUGGGCGAGCCUUUGCCAGUGCCACCAACUAUAAGAACCAUGUGAGGAUCCACACAGGAGAGAAGCCUUAUGUAUGCACAGUCCCAGGCUGUGACAAGCGGUUCACAGAGUACUCCAGCCUUUACAAACACCACGUUGUCCACACACCAUGCAAGCCCUACAACUGCAACCACUGUGGGAAGACCUACAAGCAGAUCUCUACCCUGGCCAUGCACAAACGCACAGCGCAUAACGUCACAGAGCCCAUUGAGGAAGAGCAGGAGGCGUACUACGAACCCCCUACAGAGGCCAUCGAUGAUCCCUCAGUGAAUUUUGCCCCGGUUGAGGAGGAGGAAGAGGAGUCCUGUUCGGAACAGAUGACUGAGACUGAGGCCAUUGGUCAGCAGCAUGUGCAGCUCAUAACAAACCCUGAUGGAACUCAACAGGUCAGUAUCUCCCAGGUUGACAUGCAGGCAUUGGGAAAUACAAUUACCAUGGUAACCAGUGAUGGCACCACCUUCACGGUUCCUUCCCAUGAAAUGCUUAAUGCAGAUGGAACACAUUCAGUCACCAUGGUAGCAGCAGAUGGUACAGAAGAGCAGGUGGCCAUUGAUUUGGCCUCAUUUCAGGGCAUGCAGACAGAGGGGGUUCACCCUGUCACUCUGUUAGCCACCUCAAACGGCACACAGAUCGCUGUCCAGCUCAGUGAACAACCUUCACUCGAAGAAGCCAUCAGGAUAGCAUCAAGAAUACAACAAGGAGAGAUGGGAUUGGAUGAUUAGAUUAGAUAAUCCUUUCAGUACUAUGACUUCUAUUGAAAUAUUUGAUGAGAACAAGAUCUAUAUAUCUUCUGCAGUUUUCUGACUCAAGGGUAUUGUUCUUAAAUCAAACAUUAAAUUCUUUAAGAUUUGUAAAUAGACAUUUUGAUAUGGCUGCACAGAGUCUGUAAUGCUGAAACAUCCAUGAGUAAGAUGUGUGUUGCUGCAUGAAUGAGUUAUAGAAAUGUAAUGUGUUUUUGGACUUUUUGUACCAUUUUUCCAUGUGUGAAUAUUGUAUUCUGUGUAUAUACAGUAAAUAGCCAAUGUUUUGAAUCCAGCAUAUAUUUUAACUUUGAAUAUGUACAAAUAAUGGAUACACAUUGGUUGUUAAAUAAAGCAGUACAAUUAUAUAUAUUUUCA